UCCGCAUGGGGGUGUGUGUGGAGGAAGUAGACACCGGGUCGCCUGGCCAAGUCCUCUUCGGACCCAUCCUUAGGAGCUCCGGGUCCCCCUCGGUCCCCCUCGGCUCCCAGGGCCUCCAGGACGCGGGGCGGCGGUGCCGGGGACGCGGGGUCCUCACCGCGACCGCGCCGGCUCACUUAUGAAUUCAGUCGGUUUUUUCUGGGGAGAGGGGGCCGCUGAAUGAAGGGGAAGAGGCGGGGCUCGGGCAGGAGGCGGCCCGGGCGGACUGACGCCGGCGCCUGCGAGCCAAUGGCCCGCGGGGGGUGUUCCCCCCCAUUCAGGACUCCUCGCCUGGUUCGGAAGGUUUUGUAGUGCAUCCCUGAGCAUGAACACAGAAUGAAGCGGCGUUUGGAUGACCAGGAGUCACCGGUGUAUGCGACCCAGCAGCGCCGGAUCCCUGGUAGCACGGAAGCUUUUCCUCACCAGCACCGGGUGCUCGCCCCUGCCCCUCCCGUGUAUGAAGCUGUGUCUGAGACCAUGCAGUCGGCCACGGGGAUCCAGUACUCUGUGACACCCAGCUAUCAGGUUUCGGCUGUGCCCCAGAGCUCUGGCAGCCAUGGGCCGACCAUAGCAACGGUGCACAGCAGCCAUCACCACUCAACGGCGGUGCCGCCCCACGGAGGCCAGGUGGUCCAGAGUCAUGCGCAUCCAGCCCCACCGGUUGCACCUGUGCAGGGACAGCAGCAGUUUCAGAGGCUUAAGGUGGAGGAUGCGCUGUCUUAUCUUGACCAAGUGAAGCUACAAUUUGGUAGUCAACCUCAAGUCUACAAUGAUUUCCUUGACAUCAUGAAAGAAUUUAAAUCUCAGAGCAUUGACACUCCAGGAGUGAUUAGUCGUGUGUCGCAGCUGUUCAAAGGCCACCCUGACCUGAUUAUGGGCUUCAAUACCUUCUUGCCUCCUGGCUAUAAGAUUGAGGUGCAAACUAAUGACAUGGUGAACGUGACAACUCCUGGCCAGGUUCAUCAGAUCCCUACGCAUGGGAUACAGCCACAGCCUCAGCCACCACCCCAGCAUCCUUCCCAGCCGUCAGCCCAGUCAGCACCAGCUCCUGCCCAGCCAGCUCCUCAGCCCCCACCUGCCAAAGUCAGUAAGCCGUCCCAGCUACAAGCACAUACUCCAGCCAGUCAGCAGACUCCUCCACUCCCACCAUAUGCAUCCCCUCGCUCUCCACCUGUCCAGCCUCAUACACCAGUGACAAUCUCAUUGGGAACAGGCCCAUCUUUGCAGAACAAUCAGCCUGUGGAGUUUAAUCAUGCCAUCAACUAUGUUAAUAAGAUUAAGAAUAGGUUCCAGGGCCAACCGGAUAUCUACAAGGCAUUUCUGGAGAUUUUGCACACAUAUCAGAAAGAACAGCGGAAUGCCAAGGAGGCUGGCGGAAACUACACUCCAGCAUUGACUGAGCAGGAGGUGUAUGCCCAGGUUGCUCGUCUCUUUAAGAACCAGGAAGAUCUAUUGUCAGAGUUUGGGCAGUUUUUACCAGAUGCCAACAGUUCUGUGCUUUUAAGCAAAACAACCGCUGAGAAGGUUGAUUCUGUGAGAAAUGACCACGGAGGUACUGUGAAGAAGCCCCAGUUAAACAAUAAGCCACAGAGGCCCAGUCAGAAUGGCUGCCAGAUCCGCAGACACUCUGGAACAGGAACCACUCCUCCAGUGAAGAAGAAACCCAAAUUGCUCAGCCUAAAGGAUUCUUCAAUGGCAGAAGCCAGCAAGCAUGGUGUAGGAACUGAAUCAUUAUUUUUUGAUAAGGUCCGGAAAGCUCUGCGUAGUGCAGAAGCCUAUGAAAAUUUCCUGCGCUGUCUUGUUAUCUUUAACCAGGAAGUGAUUUCUCGGGCUGAGCUUGUACAACUAGUCUCUCCUUUCCUAGGGAAAUUCCCUGAAUUGUUUAAUUGGUUUAAAAACUUUCUGGGCUAUAAGGAAUCUGUACAUCUGGAAACUUUUCCAAAGGAACGAGCCACAGAGGGCAUUGCCAUGGAGAUAGAUUAUGCUUCUUGUAAACGGUUGGGCUCCAGCUAUCGAGCCCUACCAAAGAGUUACCAGCAGCCCAAGUGUACAGGGCGGACUCCUCUCUGUAAAGAGGUCUUAAAUGACACCUGGGUUUCUUUUCCAUCGUGGUCUGAGGAUUCCACAUUUGUUAGUUCCAAGAAGACUCAGUAUGAAGAACAUAUCUAUCGUUGUGAAGAUGAGCGCUUUGAGCUUGAUGUAGUUUUAGAGACCAAUCUGGCAACAAUUCGGGUUCUGGAAGCAAUACAGAAGAAGCUUUCUCGCUUGUCAGCUGAGGAGCAAGCCAAAUUUCGCUUGGACAACACUCUUGGGGGCACGUCAGAAGUCAUCCAUCGAAAAGCUCUCCAGAGGAUAUAUGCCGACAAAGCUGCGGAUAUCAUCGAUGGGCUGAGGAAGAACCCCUCUAUUGCUGUCCCAAUUGUCCUUAAAAGGUUGAAGAUGAAAGAGGAAGAAUGGCGAGAGGCUCAGAGAGGCUUUAACAAGGUGUGGAGAGAGCAAAAUGAAAAGUACUACUUAAAGUCUUUAGACCACCAGGGAAUAAAUUUUAAGCAGAAUGAUACCAAGGUCCUGAGAUCUAAGAGCUUACUCAACGAGAUUGAGAGUAUCUAUGAUGAGAGACAGGAACAGGCUACAGAAGAGAAUGCUGGUGUACCUGUUGGCCCACACCUCUCUCUCGCAUAUGAAGAUAAACAGAUUCUAGAAGAUGCAGCUGCUCUAAUUAUCCACCACGUGAAGAGACAGACAGGCAUUCAGAAAGAGGACAAGUAUAAAAUCAAGCAAAUCAUGCAUCAUUUUAUCCCAGAUUUGCUCUUUGCUCAAAGAGGAGAUCUCUCAGAUGUAGAGGAAGAGGAAGAAGAAGAGAUGGAUGUAGAUGAAGCCACAGGGGCAGCUAAGAAGCACAACGGUGUUGGGGGCAGCCCCCCGAAGUCCAAGCUACUGUUUAGUAACACCGCAGCUCAGAAGUUAAGAGGGAUGGAUGAAGUAUACAAUCUCUUCUAUGUCAAUAACAACUGGUAUAUCUUUAUGCGGCUGCACCAGAUUCUCUGCUUGAGGCUGUUACGGAUUUGCUCACAAGCUGAACGUCAAAUUGAAGAAGAAAACCGUGAGAGGGAGUGGGAGCGGGAAGUUCUAGGCAUAAAACGAGACAAGAGUGACAGCCCUGCCAUCCAGCUGCGUCUUAAAGAACCGAUGGAUGUUGAUGUAGAAGAUUAUUACCCAGCUUUCCUGGACAUGGUGCGGAGCCUGUUGGAUGGCAACAUAGACUCAUCACAGUACGAAGAUUCAUUGAGAGAGAUGUUCACCAUUCAUGCCUACAUUGCCUUCACCAUGGACAAACUCAUCCAGAGCAUUGUCAGACAGCUGCAGCACAUCGUGAGUGAUGAGAUCUGUGUGCAGGUGACUGACCUUUACCUGGCAGAAAACAAUAAUGGGGCCACUGGAGGCCAGCUGAACACACAGGCAUCAAGGAGUCUCCUAGAGUCAACAUAUCAGCGGAAGGCUGAGCAACUCAUGUCUGAUGAGAAUUGCUUUAAGCUUAUGUUCAUUCAGAGUCAAGGCCAGGUACAGCUGACCAUUGAGCUUCUGGACACAGAAGAGGAAAAUUCAGAUGACCCUGUGGAAGCAGAGCGUUGGUCAGACUAUGUGGAGCGAUACAUGAAUUCUGAUACUACCUCUCCUGAGCUUCGUGAGCAUCUGGCACGGAAACCAGUAUUUCUCCCAAGGAAUCUGCGGCGGAUCCGAAAAUGUCAGCGAGGUCGGGAACAGCAGGAAAAGGAAGGGAAGGAAGGAAACAGCAAGAAAACCAUGGAGAAUGUGGAUAGCCUGGACAAGCUGGAGUGUAGGUUCAAGCUGAAUUCCUAUAAGAUGGUGUAUGUGAUCAAAUCCGAGGACUACAUGUAUCGGAGGACCGCCUUGCUGCGCGCACAUCAGUCUCAUGAACGUGUAAGCAAGCGGCUACAUCAGAGGUUCCAGGCCUGGGUAGAUAAAUGGACCAAGGAGCAUGUGCCCCGUGAAAUGGCAGUGGAGACCAGCAAGUGGCUCAUGGGUGAAGGGUUGGAGGGCCUUGUGCCCUGCACCACCACCUGUGACACAGAGACCCUACACUUUGUGAGCAUUAAUAAGUACCGUGUCAAAUACGGCACAGUGUUCAAAGCCCCUUAACUGCAGAGCCCAAGGAACUAACUGGAGGGGGGAGUAUGUGGGGGCCGUGUGCACUCGCAUGCACUGAAGAAACAAGGAAGAUGCCUUUCAAGCCUCUCUGGGCCUCUUGGGACAUGGCCACCAGAUCUGUGUGUGACUUGUGCAACAUGGCACCAAAGGAAACAUGGAUACCAUACAGAGCCACAGCUGGAACUUUCCCUGAGGGGGCUUUUGAGUAUUAGCUCACUCUGGAGGGGAAGUAAGUUCACGCAAGCACAGAGACAUGGGACUUGCUUGUACACACCAGCAGGGCUAAGACUGGAGUCUUCUGGGCCUGACCUCCAAUGAUGGAAGCAAGAUGUCCACACCUUGACUAGACCAGCAAGCAUUAUGAACGGACUAGGAAAGGAUUUAAACUCAAAAUGGACUAUAACUCUACUCUGAUGCUCACUGCUCCUCUCUUCUCCCAAGUGGGGUUGGGGGUGGGGAAGAACUGGAGUUGACUCCCCCACCCCCCAGCCCAUGGUCAUUCGAGCACAUCUAGAUCCACCUGUUAGAUUUUAUCUGGGACUUGCAGUUUGGCUUUGGGAUUGAUCACCUUGUGGAUUUGAUUCCUGACAAAUCCUUUGCUGAGUACCCUUCCGUACUGUUCUCUGGUUCUCAACUUCAACACGUUCAGAUCACUCGUCCUUUUUAGCUCCCGUGGAACUGUUUUGUAUCUGCUUCUUUACUAGUCUACCCUAGUGCCAUCCACCAGCUUUACUCUGACACACACACACACACACACACACACACAAAUUUUAACUUGUUUUUUUUGUAAAUAAUGUACAUACUGUCAAUUUUUUAUUAAAAGAAAUAUGCUUUGA